UCGCGAGCGGGGUCUGCGGCUGGUUGACGUGAGCGGCUGUGACGCCGCCUCGCUGCUGGAGGCCGCCCGGGGGUGCGGCCGCUACCCGCGCCUGCGCUUCAUCCUGGUGGCUGACCACUUGGAGCUGCCGCUGCGGGGGGCGGGGGUGGGGGAGCUGCUGGGGGGGCUGGCGGGGGGAGGUGGGGCGGCGGGCUGGCCGAGCAACACGCUGCUGUACAUGGGCGUAUCCAGCUCCUCCACCGUGUCGUACGACGCCCUAGUCAGCCGCUUCGGCCUGGUGCUCACCACGGCGGAGCUGACGGAGGCGGGUUUCGGAGCCACGCUGCGGGAGCUGGCGGGCGAGGAGGCGGGGGCGGCGCUGCGGGAGGAAAAUGUGGUGCAUGCGGCGGAGUGGGCGCGGAAGCAGUGUGGGGGGCUGAGUGUGAGGGCGGCAGCGCAGUAUGUACGGCGGGCGAGGGUGGAUUAGGUUGGGAAAUGGUGUGGGAGGAAGAUGAAUGCGGUGCCGGUGGUUAGGGCAGGGAGUCGGGAUGGUGGCAGAGAUGUUGGAGGGCUCGGGCUAUGUUGUGAACAGCUUGUUGAUCAGCCGAAGACCCGGCUGGUGUCUGUCAUAAAAGAGCUUAUGGUAGACGCAGGAUGUUAUCGGCGUUCUUUCAGUGGAGGCCAGGAAUUUUGCGGUUGCUCAAGACGUGACUUUUUAAGGGAACUUCAUACACUACCGAACUUCCGCCCUGCAGAAAUUCCUUUUCGUUGCUUUGUGUGACUUUUCAAGUUCACUUUAUCAUGGUGAGCGGACCAACUCUUUUGCUCAGGAUGGUUGCAACACCCAAGGCAAGUAUCUCGCCUUGGUGUCCCUAUGCUUUUACUCUAUGUACGUUUUGCAUCACAGAAGUGACAGAGGAAAGCCAACUACAGCAGAAUUUGCUCGGACUGGUUGGGACGACUACUGUCGGUCUCUGCCAGGCAUUACCAACUUUGCGCAACGUUGGGUUUGCAUACGCGUGCUGGUUUUUUUAAAAUGUAUCAUAAUAUGUAGAAUGUUAAGCGAGGCGGUUGGCCGAGGAAUCGGAAAGGCGGGAUCGGUACUGCAACAUGGUACCGUCCGCAUCUGGCACUUUUUGAAGAAGCAAGCCAAGUGACAUGUUAUGAUGUGCUGACGUUAUGCGUUUACAGUGAGGUCUCCUCGUUUCUUGACGCACAAGCUAAGAUAGGCUCGGCCUGGCGGACGGUGAAGCCGGCAAGAGGCGAUCGGGAACUGCGUCAUGGGGAACGUAUUAAGUCUAUGUUGCCCACAAUUCCAAACGGAGAAGCACGAGCCUCUCUUGGCCGGCCAAUCUGAAAGGCAGGCUGCACCCAGUUCAGGACCAGCGGGCCCCGGCCGCGCCAGCGAGUCCAUGACCAAUCCGUUGUUCACUGCACCGGCCAUUACCAUCGUGGAGCCAGGCCAACCAGGCGGC